GGAGCGUGGAGUACUCUCUCAGACAAAUACUCUAGACCCUCGUCUUAGAUUACUAGACUAUUAUCUGUAGAGUUAUCGAACUAGGAUAUAACCUAGAUGUCUGAAUGCGCAAAGAUUACUGCCUAACUGUAUCCAUCUCAGGACGGUCAGCGAGAACGCUCGCACCGGCCGCAACAAACUGACGAUCACGAUACUAAAAAACCUAGUUCCGUUCCACACAAGCAAACCAAUAAGGCACACAUCAGUUAAUAUCCUCAUGUGCACACGGCUGAAUGCACCAGCUACUGCACGCUCUAAAAGAUUCAUAGAUAAGUGCAGUUUCCCGGUGAAUAUAGAUAAAUGGUGGUGCUCGUAUAUUUUCUUCGCAUAUCGUUUGUCGUUGGCGACUGGAUUGGACAUUAGUAGUCGGACUGAAGCGGUUACAACGUCGCAAUGCUGUGCCGCGGGUUCGUCCUCUGCCUCGCCGUAGCAGCCGUCACCGCUGACACCCUCACCAGCUUCAAGAUCCUAGAUAAAAUAAGUGGACAGUGCGGGAAAUACCCUUCAAAGGAUAUCCUCACUUGUUUUAAGUUCCAAGCUGCUAAGUUCGUAGAUCGAGCGGCCAGAUUGGAGUCUCUACCGAUUGCUGAUGGCGUCACCUUAGUACGGAGACCGGAAGCGGAAAGAGCGUUUCCCUCUUCAUCGCCGGAAGGAGAUUUAAAUUCUUUAUCAUCUGACCAAGUGGACAAGUAUUUACAGGAUGCGACCUCGAAGUUGAUGCAGACGCAUCGGGUGGUCAUUGCCCCUCAGACCUUUGGGGAAGACGUUGGUAGAUCUAUCAAUGAAGCUAGAGGCAAGCUGAAGAAGAUGAUGGGGCCAAUUAUCGCUGGUCUUGCGAUCAAGGGAGGCUUCGUAGCGAUUGCUUUUCAAGCAAUAGCUCUUAUUGCUGGAAAGGCGCUGCUCAUAGGAAAAAUUGCUCUGCUGCUGUCAGCCAUUAUCGGCUUGAAGAAGCUAGUCGCCGGAGGAGACACCCACGAGAAGACGACGUAUGAGAUCGUUAAGCAUCCGCAGGUAUCUCAAAGUCAUACGUACUCUUCUUCCCAUUACGGCGGUGAUUUCGACAGCACCGGUCCAGGAGGACACUAUAGGAGGAGCGUGGAAGAUGAGGCAGCAGCCCAAGAUAGAGCGUAUAGGGCCUAUGCCACGAAGCAGUAGUGGUCAAAGCACUGAUAUUCGAUCAUAGCUCAGGACUACAGAAUCGGCUCGACUGAUAACAGUAAGCGAUCACCAAAUACAUAUUUUGGCAUUACUCGACAAUUACUUAAGUAUUUUUCGAUUUAUUUAUAGACGUUAUUAGUUUAAAAUUAUAAAAUUUCUGAAGUUUAUUAUUUAUAAAAUCUUUUGGUUAUUUUGUAAAUAAGAUGUUUAUGAAAAUAGGGUUGCGUUUGAUUAUUUAUUCGUGUGCACCGUAAAUAACAUUAUUUAUAACUCUGUGUUUAUUUAUAUAAUAUAUUUAGGCUAGUCGACGGGUUCUGUGUGCGAUUUCUUAAAUAUACAGUCCGUAUGUUCGAUUUAAUGUAUGAAUAGAAUAUAAGUUUAGUUUAAGUAAUGUAGAUGUUUUUUUUCCGAUGCUGUCCUCGUUUUUGAAUACUUUUGAAGUACCUUUUGUUUAAGAUUUAUUUUUAGUGCGUAAUUAAUUAUGAUUUAUAAGUACAUACUAUUUAGACUCAUGUAACCUAAAUAUUAUUUAAGUAAGCGAUAACGAUGAUGAUGUUGUAAUAGAUGAUGACAUAAAAUUGAUCAAGUUUAUCUAAAAAAAAAAAAAACUCCAAAAUAUUGAUUAAAUUCGUAAUGACUGAA